AGGCGUCAUCAUGGUGCGUAGGCAGUAGCGUUUUUAAGAAGAAGCAGCAGGGGCAGUUUGUUUUGAAUCGAUCACGACGUGGGCAUCUUCUCUCGUUAUUAUGCUAAUCGGCUCGCCUAGGAGCGGCGUCGUCGUCCUACGGAGCAGCGGCGGCUACAACGACGCGAUGGAGCAACACGGCACUACUGGUGAACAUCGCGCUACCGAUUAAUCGUAGACAGCGGGACUGCUGCUGCUGCUGCUGCUGGCUGGCUGGCUGGCUGGCUAGCUAGCUGGCUGGCUGCACUGUGCGUUGCAGUACAAUUGUACGCACGCGAGUAAGCAAGCAAGCAAGCAAGCAAGCAAGCAAGCAAGCAAGCACGCAAGCACGCAAGCACGUACGUACGAUGUCGCGAGGCUCGCCGAGGCUGCGCCUCGUAUACGCCGCGACUCGUCGACUCGUCGAGUGCAAGAGGACGAAGAGGAGCAACGACGUUACGACGACCCUGUUGAUCGUCGGCUGCCUCGUCGCGCUCAACGCACCGCCGAUCAGCGCGAAGAGCAUCGGGACGUUGUUGGACGACGACGACGUCGUCGUCGUCGGCGGCGGCGGCGGCGGCGAAGCGGAUCGCUGCCCGGUCGAGUGCUCUUGCCUCGGCAACCUGGUCGCCUGCAGCGAGCUGCAGCUGGUCGAGGCACCCAGCGGACUACCACCGUGGACUGAGAUCCUGGAGCUGAAGGGCAACAAUAUCGCCAACUUGGAAUUCGACUCGCUGCUCCACCUGACGAAACUCCGAAAAUUAGAUAUAAGCGCUAAUAAACUCGAAGAUAACUUCACCAUUGCCUUGUCGGACGUCGCACAACUGCGCGAGCUCAAAGUGAACAGGAAUCACUUGACACAAGUGCCAGAUCUUGUAUUUGUUAAGAAUAUCACUCACCUUAUGCUAUCUCAUAACUUAAUUACCGAUAUAAACGGGACUGCGUUGCUCAGCUUGCAAGAACUUCAAUACCUGGAUCUCAGUGGAAAUAAAAUAAGUGUCCUUCAGAGAGGAUCCUUCCUUGCUCCCAAUCAACUCAAGCAUCUCAAUCUGAACGCGAACAGCAUCAAGCUAAUUGAAAACGGGACUUUCGACAAUUUGACCAUGCUGGAGGAGCUUCGUAUGAACAAGAACAAUCUGACACAGCUGAAAGACAUGUUCACGAGUUUGGAGAACCUGCGAAUACUGGAGAUAAAUAGAAACGAUCUGCAACAAAUUCACGGGUUAAGCCUCAAGAGUCUAAAGAGCCUGGAGGAAUUGCGACUGAAGAGAAACAAGAUCAGCAUGUUGGACGACGGGGCCUUUUGGCCGCUGAAGAAUCUGAUUCUGCUGCAGCUCGACUUCAAUAUGCUGACCACCAUCAGGAAGGGCGGCCUGUUCGGGCUGCAGCAGCUGCAGAAGCUCACCCUGUCGCACAACCGAAUCUCGACGAUCGAGUCGCAAGCGUGGGACAUUUGCAGAGAAAUAACGGAGCUGGACUUGUCGCAUAACGAACUGACCUCCAUUGAACGCGAGUCUUUCGAAUACCUCACGAAGCUGGAGAGGCUCAAACUGGAUCAUAAUCAGAUCACAUAUAUCUCAGACGGAGCGUUCAAUUACACGACAAACCUGCGCAUUCUGGAACUCAAUUCGAACAAAGUGUCUUACAUGGUGGAGGACAUCCAUGGCGCGUUCUCCUCCCUCAGCCAGUUGUGGAAACUGAGCUUGGCCCACAACAAGAUCAAAUCCAUCAAUCAAAACGCUUUCACCGGCUUGGUUCGCCUCGCGGAACUCGACUUGAGCGGCAACAACGUCACGACUAUGCAGGAAAACGCGUUCCUCCCAAUGCCUAGUCUGAGCAAACUCAAGAUGAACACCCAGGCGCUGGUCUGCGACUGCGGGCUUCAGUGGUUGAGCAUGUGGUUGCGAGAGCAUCGUUACAGCGAGGCCGAGGUUCAUUGCGGUUAUCCGCAUUGGCUGCAGGGAAUGUCGUUGACCCAACUGCACCAUGCGAACUUCACUUGCGACGAGUACCCGAAGCCGCGGAUCAUCGAGGAGCCCGUGAGCCAAAUGAGCAUCAAAGGCGACAACGUGACGCUGGUUUGCCGCGCGACCAGCACCGCCGUCGCGCCGCUGCAUUUCACGUGGAAGCACGACAACGUUGAGCUGGACAGCGCGAUUCUGCAAACCAAUGCCGGCUCUUCCGCGAGCGGAGUGACCGAGGCGUCGUCUGCGUUGCAGCUGAUCAACGUGACCCACGCUAACCAGGGAAAGUAUCAGUGCAUGGUGACGAACAAUUACGGCACCACGUACUCCGCCAAAGCCACGCUGAGCGUGUUGAUUUAUCCGUCCUUCUCCAAGAUCCCGCAUGACAUACGAGUGACUGCUGGCAAAACUGCGCGGCUCGAGUGCUCAGCCGAGGGGCAGCCGUCGCCGCAGAUUGCCUGGCAGAAAGACGGCGGCAACGAUUUCCCAGCGGCGAGGGAGAGACGGAUGCACAUGAUGCCGACGGACGACGUGCUGUUCAUAGUGGAUGUGAAAAUGGCCGACAGCGGCGUUUACUCGUGCACUGCGCAAAACCUGGCCGGUCUCAUCGUGGCGAAUGCCACUCUUACGAUAUUAGAGAAACCGUCGUUCGUGAAGCCGAUGGAGAACAAGGAGAUAAUGGUCGGCGACUCGAUCGUGCUCGAGUGCAUGGCGAGCGGCUCGCCGCGGCCGAAAUUGACCUGGCGGAAGAACGGCAGCCCGUUGCAGGCGACCGAGCGGCACUUCUUCACCGCCAGGGAUCAGUUGUUGAUCAUCGUCAACACGAUAGCGAGCGACGCGGGCAGUUACGAGUGCGAGAUGAGCAACUCGCUGGGCAGCGUCGUCGACGUGUCGCAUCUGACGGUCAAUCCAGCUCCGGCUGCCGUGGUGAACGAGGACGACAUAUUGGGCUUGAUAAUAAUAACCGUGGUGUGCUGCGCCGUCGGCACGUCCAUCAUCUGGGUGGUCAUCAUUUACCAGACCAGACGGCGGCUCAAUUCCACGCAAAGCAAUGCGGCGCAACCGACCACCACCGUCAUCCUGACUGUGCCGGACGCGCAGACGCAACUGUACCUGGACACGAGCUCGCAGCACAGCAAGGACAGCGGCACCGGGGACAGUACCAAUCCCAGCAACGAUCAGUUGCAGCUGUGCUUACCCGAGGAGGUCGCGACGAGCUCUGCCAACAACGAGGAGGAGAUGGAAACCAUAAACGUCGACGAUCCCCUUCUGCGCUACACGAAUCAUGAGCGACAUGAGAGCGAGAACGCAGACUCCGCGGUCUAACAAACGGAAGCGCCGGGCUGACGCGCACGGAUUCGUGUGAACGAGACGAGCCGACGCGUUCGCACCACGUUUGCCGCCGUUCACGCGGCGGCGGAAGUGCGGAGGAAGAUUCUUCGCUAGCAGACGGAAAGAGAGAGAGAGAGAGAGAGAGAGAGAGAGUAUUUGGACGAACGACUAGUGUCCUUAACACGAGACAAAUAUUCUGCAAGUCGUGUAAAUCAACCAGAUGUAGGUAAUAGUAUUAAGGAGCAAGGACCUUGAUCCGCGCGCGGAACGCGCCCGCGAACUCGCUCGAUAUCGAUCGAGUAUCUCGCGAGCUCAGCGCGGAUCAGCGGGGUAUAAAGGAAAGAAAGAAAAAAAAGAAAAAGAGACAGAAAUAGCAGCGACAAUUCCGAGGAAAUUGGAACGAGCGUCGCUGCGCAGCGCAAGUACAACGGAAACGAUAAGAGCGAUAAACGAAGAACACACAUUGACAGAACACGUCACCGUAUUUAUUAUCGGGACGCGACUCGCGUCAAGCCGACGCGCGAUAGCGGCGGACGAGUCGUCGUUGUCGGUUGAGAUGCGACUUGUAAAUAGUUUAGACUUUAAGGUUCUACCGUAACUAUUAGUAUUAUUGUUAGAGCGCGCGUUCGCCGCGGACGCAGCCGUCGCGAUCGCGCAUGCGCGGCCGCGAGGACGUUAUUACUACGACGAAGCGCAAAAGCCACCUCUACAUAUAUAUAUACACAACAUAUAUACAUACAUAUAUAUAUAUAUUAGACCAGCCUUUUGUGAUAGAUAUUUAUUCUAGAGUUAUUACACCGUAAAAUAUUAGGCGGCUAUUUAUAACAACCUGUGUACACGCGGAGAGAUGGGAAGAGGAGACUAACGCGUCACUUUUAUCCCGGGAAACGAUUGUGACCAACGAGCGGAUGUAUAUCUGUGCACCAAAGCGUUCAUUUCAGAUACUUCGUCUUCCCCCGUUUCUUUCCUUUUCAUUUUCACUUCGUACCUUUUGUUCGCCCCGCUCCCGCUGGACGCCGAAUGCCGCGUCGAUCGAGCGAACGUUCGCCGGUUCGUUCGGCUUCGUCCGUUCGUUUACCGAUCGAAACGUUGCUCACUCUGUGCGAUAGACGCGCCUUGUGCUGUUGUGUUUUAGCUCUGUCUCGUAGGCACUCUCGUUAGAGGAUUGUAUUUACUAUCGUUUAAGCCGAGACGCGAUCUCGCGGCUAAUCUUCCACGGUGUUGUUUUCGGAGUUUCAUUUUCCGCGGCGCUCGAAAGAAAGAACAAACGAGUCCCCCGCGGUGCUCCGCUGAAAGAUGUAAGAAUUCUUUUCCGCUUUAGCGAUAUUCUGUAUUCUGCCGAAAUUUUUGUAGCAACACACUUAGCGACUUAGACUGAAGCCUCCUCCGUUUUAUACGACGACGCGUGGACUUGUAUACUUUUUCGCGACCGCAUCCCUUUCCUCCGACACGACGGAGAUUGCUUCUGGAGAGUUGACGCGCGGUUUUACUACGCGUUUGGUAAAUCGAGCGUGUCCGAAUGCGCCGUUACGAAAUUAACAUCUAGACUAAUUAACCCUCUCGUAUAAUGUGUAAUAUGUGGUGUUGUUCGUGUUAGUUUCUACACUCGUACGCGAUUUGCCCGAUUAGUUUGAUAUACACGCGUUUCUCGAGUUCACAAACGACACAUACAUCUUAAGGCUGCCUCACUUAAGAAGAGGGAAGGAGACAGGAGAGGAGAAGAGUAGAGAACGCGCUGUUCGAUACGAAAACGUCCGAACAAUAACGUAUAAACGGUGAUUGUCGAAAGUAUAAAAAUCUAAAUGAAAGUCUUUAAACGUGAAAGUCCAGCCGCGACAGACGGAUAUUAUUAUCGGGAGUAGACCUUUUUCGCGAUAUGCAAUCUAUAUUUUUCUAUGACUUAUAUAUCGCAAGGGAAAUUCGAAUCGCAUAAAAUUCGCACAAGACGAAGAGCCAGUAUACUAUCCACUACUACUCUAUUACCCAAUUACCUACCUACCUACCUACUUAAUUAAUCGUAGAUCGCGAUUCCUUCCACGAGUUACGACUCGUCUGAUAACGAGUGUCUGCGACGCGCAAGGGACGAAGAUCGCUCGUCUUGUGUGUGUGUGAAAAGAGAGAUAGAGUGUAUGUACCCAUGUAUGUAUGUGUGUAUGUGUGAGAGAGAGAGAGAGAGAGAGAGAGAGGAAGAAAAAUUCAACAAGUAUUGUAUAAAAUAAAUAGUAAUAUUCCACUUAUAUUUGUGUAACGUGCGUAUGUAUUCGUAAAGUGUAAUAUGUCUAAAGAAACUGCGCGCAAGGGAAGAGGUCCGAGGAUACGUUUUGUUUAGGUAGUAACGUAGAGAGAGAGAGAGAGAGAGAGAGUUUUUCCCCGCUAGUAACGAGUAUUAAAUUGUAUAGUCAACCAAAUAGAUGCUCUAUAUAUUGCGACAUGGUUUUCUGGCUUGCGCCCGUGUGAUACACCAAAUAAGGCAUCUGUUUCUCAUUCAGUAUUUUUCCUUGUUGUUAUAUAUAGUAUUGUGUACAAAUACAAAUAAUCAUCUACACACAAAAAAGCGUGUAUGUGUACGUGUGUAUGUGUGCGCGCGCGCGCGCGCAUGUGUGUGUGUGUCACGUGUCAUUUUCACUCGCGCGACGGUAAUUCAUUAGUCGAGCGCACAGUAGCAUCACUUACCUC